AUGUCGUCUGAGGAUCGUACGGCACUGGUGGCCCUGUUUCGUUCUACCGGCGGGGAUCGUUGGACUCAAAAUGACAGCUGGGACACCAACGCAGAGCUCCGGCGAUGGCGCGGAGUGCGACUCAACAGAGAUGGCCGAGUGAUCCAACUGGGUCUGUCCCACAACAACCUCCAAGGGCCUCUUCCUGAAGCGCUUGGAAAUCUCAGGGAGCUGUUGACCCUGGACUUGCGCGGCAACAGACUCACGGGUUUCAUCCCUAAGGGGCUGGGAUCUCUGCCUAGGUUGCAACAGCUGAGACUUUUCGAAAACCAGCUCGCUGGACCUAUCCCCGAAGAGCUUGGGUAUCUCGAGAAUUUGAGCGCUCUUGACUUGCACAGCAACAAGCUCACCGGGCCUAUCCCCGAAACGCUUGGGGAUCUCAAGGGCAUGAUGUAUCUUGAUUUGAGCGGCAACAAACUCACCGGACGUGUGCCCAAGGAGCUAGGCUCCAUGGAACGCCUUGGACAGCUCCGUCUUGAAGACAAUAAUCUUACAGGUGCCGUUCCGACGGAGCUGGCAAACUUGAGUACUCUUUCGACGCUUCAGGUUGGCAACACCAGAUCGAAGGCCAUCUUGCGCCGUGGCAACAAGCUUACCGGAGGACCGGCGAAGGGCGAGGCACUUGGUGCGUGGAAAGAUCGAAUAUUGCGCAAACAGCAGGCAGUCAAGGAUCAGCAAAAGGAGGCGAGAGCUCCUGAACCUCCGCCGUCUACUCCUCCCCGCCUGCUACCGCAGCAGCAGGAGGCAGGCGAGAGCGACGAAAAGGAGGAGAACGCCCCCAUGCCGCUUGGCUCCCCAACUCAAGGAGAGGAGGUAGCGUUGGAAAGGACCGUGUCUCGAGAACAUGAUUCCCUGUCCCUGGAACAGGCAGAACCGGGCCGAUUGUUCCGAGUGCAGCUUUCGUCCUCGGCAUGGUUGGAUUCACUCAUCGGGGAGAACCCUGAAGCUCUGGAGGACAUCCAACGCGUCAUUGAAAGUCAAGUCCCCGGAAGCGUUUCUCCUGACGAUGAGCGCAGCGACAUGGAGAGGCACCGGGAGCUCGGUACGUUGGCUUCCAUGUCAACGGCGCUAGGCGAAGUUGUGUUGAAGCACACGGAGGACAUGGAUGUACAACAGAAAGAGUUGGCCUUGCCCGCGUUUUGGAGAGCAUAUUACACGGCCGUUAGAACCGGUCUAUGCGAGGCGUACCUCGCUGCCAGCGUCAUCAACAGUGACUGGGUGUCCACGAGCAAGACCGGUGGUAUGGGCAAGGUCGGUGUCGCCGUUAGGGCCAGAGUCUGCGGUUUGUGGGACCUGCGUUGUCUGUGAUUGCAGUGGACACGGAACGCUCUCUGCCAAGUCACUCGAAGCUCUGAUGUUUUAUUUGCUUCUUCCAUAUAUUUC